AGAUAAACAUUAAUUUAUAUUUAGAAUGGAAUUAAACGCCCCGCUAUCAGAGCUGGCGUUUAAGUUUCCCCGAAGUUGAAAAAUAUGUCAGAUUUAGUGGUUUUGUUGCUGUUCAUUUCAAGUGUCUGACAGCCCCCACGGUGGGAGGCUUACAAAUUUCGUUUAUAUUACUGUACAAAUACUCUCGCCAGCUGUGGACAGCGUAGAGGGAAAGCACAAUUAAAGAUGGCGUUGCGAAUUGUGACUGCUUGUGCGAGUAACCUACCGAACGUCGAUAAAAUUAGCAAAAGUGACCCGUAUUGCAUCUUAUCUUUCCUUGGAAUAACGAAAAAAACUGAAGUGAUUCACGACGAAUUAAAUCCAGUAUGGAACGAGGCGUUCGAAUGGGAUUUGCAAGGCAGAGCAUUGGUUCCAGAGGACAACCUGGUCGUGCAAGUAAAAGACUGGGAACGAGUAGGAAGGAACAGACUUCUUGGAACGGCGACGAUAUCAUUACGAGAUUUGGUACGUGACGAUUGUAAUAGCAUGCAGGCUGAUGUCAACCUGCUGGAUGGCAAUCAAAGAACGACACAGGCAAAACUUUCAAUGCAGUUGGAAUACAUUCCUCCAGAGGCCCAGAAAGAUGCCAAGGGUGAAAAUGCCGAGGACAAGGAUGCAGAAGGAGAGGAAGAGGAACAGGAGACUGGGAUCGAGGGAGCGUCAGGGAAGGGAAGAAGAAAGAUAAGGACCGCAAGAUAUCAACUUUCCGAUAAACCACAAGAUUUUCAGAUUCGUAUCAAAGUAAUUGAAGGUCGACAGCUCACAGGUCUAAAUAUCCACCCUGUCGUUCGCGUGAGCGUUUCCAACCAAGCCAGGCAGACGAGAGUAAAGAGAUCGACAAAUAAACCAUACUAUAACGAAAUAUUCUUUUUCAACUUUCAAAUGGUCCCGUCUGAACUAUUUGACGAAAUAAUCACGUUCGAGGUGUUCAAUUCGAGAAAGUUAAGAGCAAACGCAAUGAUCGGUUUCUUUAAGUUGGAUGUUGGAAUGGUUUACGAUGAACAAGAGCACGCUGUUAGCAGAAAAUGGAUCUUACUCACUGAUCCAGAAGAUAAAAUGUCUGGCGUGAAGGGCUAUUUGAAAACAUCCAUAUGUGUUUUGGGACCUGGUGACAGAGCUCCGUCCAUGGAAGACGUUGAUGCAGCCGAUGAAAGCACCGAGGAUGUUGAAAGUAACCUCCUAUGUCCUGCUGGAGUGAUGCUUCGUCCUGGAAUGUUUUCACUGAAAGUUUACAGAGCCGAAGAUAUUCCACAAAUGGACUCUGGUUUUGCACAAGGAAUAAAGAAAAUCUUAAAUGUUGGUGAGGAGCAGAAAGAAUUAGUUGAUCCUUAUCUUGUGUUUUCCUUUGCUGGAAAAAAGAGAAAAACGCGGACACAUUACAAUUCUGAUCACCCAGAAUUUAAUCAGGAGCUCCAUUUGCCUUUCAAGUUUCCAUCGAUGUGCGAAAGACUGAGGUUGCGAAUGAUGGAUUGGGAUCGUUUAACAAAAGAUGAUUGUAUUGGCACCGUUCAUCUUCCGCUGUCACAAAUCUCUGGACAAGGAGGAGAUGGCUUCUUACCGACAUUCGGUCCAUGCUUUAUCAAUUUUUACGGUUCCACAAGGGAAUAUAGUGACCUUCCAGACGAACACGACGAAUUGAAUAUGGGCCAGGGUGAGGGUGUUGCAUACAGAGGUCGUCUGUUAGUUGAACUUGAAUCUGCCCUGGACUGCAAAAUUGAUGAACCAGUUGAAGAUAUACAGAGCACCGACAUUGUCAGAAUACAGUCAUUCUUACGAAGACGAAAGUUCAAAUUGUUUGCAUGUUUCUUGGAAGCAUUGAUGAUCAGCAUUCAAGAUUCCCCAGUUGAAUUUGAAGUCAGCAUCGGAAACUAUGGUAACAAGCUGGACAAGUCUGUAGCACCGUCUUCGUCGACGACUCCACCAACGAACGCAAUAUUUGAUGGUUGUUACUAUUAUUACUUACCUUGGGGUAACACGAAGCCUUGUAUAUCCGUAGACAGUCACUGGGAGGAUAUCUCGUUUCGUCUGGAUCCUUUGAAUGUUUUGUUGGAGUUGUGUGAAAAAUUGGAAAUGAACAUGGAGAAAGUGACAUUGAGUUUGGAAUCAAACGACUCAACAGCGGAAACAGCAAUUUUACUCAUUGCUCUUUUGGAUGAGCUGAUCGCGGAGUGCAAGAAACCAUUGCCUUCCAUAAAUGCAAAAACACCAGGUGUCAAUGAACUGGAUCUUCAUCUUCACGAAGCUAGAGUGUUGGAAAUGAUUUCAAUCAGUGAAGAGGCAGCCAAGUUACGUGAAUGUGCUACAGAUAUAUCGGAAGCUUUGAGCGAAAUUAAUGGAUUCCUUAUUCGGCUGAAGGACAUAGCGAUUGAGCCUCAGAAUUCGUUACCAGACGUGAUAAUCUGGAUGUUGAGCGGCAGUAAAAGAGUUGCUUACUACAGAAUCCCGGCGUAUAAAUUGCUUUUCUCGAAAAAUAGUGCGGCAAAAGGGAAAUAUUGUGGAGAGGAGUUGGAUGUCAUCCUUAAAUAUCCGGGCAAGAAAGGUAAGAAUAUUGAAGAUUUCCCCGAAGUUCCUGCUUACCUGCGAGUUAUGAUAUGGUUUGGUUUGGAAGAAGAUCAAAUGGAUUGGACAAAACGUGAUGAUGUCGAAGGAGAUUUCUCAGUUUUUGCGGAAACUUACGAGAACCAGAUUUGUGUGUUGGGUUCGUGGACGUCAAAGGGUUGUCCCAGACCUAGUUUUUCCAACGCAAGAGGAGACGUGGCUUUACCGAAGACAUGUUUCAAUCCUCCAGAAGGAUGGCAAUGGGAGGAUGAUUGGUUUAUCGAUCCAGAACUUAGCCUGUGUUAUGAUCGUGAUACUGGUCAUAAAAGCUUUCUCGAAGAUGCGUUUGAGAAUGAGUCCCGUGUGCCAGGAACAGCCUGGCAACCCGCCGUUCCCGCGUGGACUGAUGUGAAAAGUGACGCGAUUACUCAACGCCAAGAAAUUCAAUGUCCCAAAGGAUGGGUGUGGACAAGCGAGUGGAAAAUUGAUUUAAACAGAGCUGUCGAUGAAGAAGGAUGGGAAUAUACCGUCGAGGCGACGUUGGCCACCUAUGGUCCUGUGGAAAAAGUGUAUCAUUUGUGUCGGAGACGAAGAUGGAUUAGAGAGAGGAAGUUUGUAAAGGAUUCUAAAAAAGAGUCGGAUACGAAGAGUAAAGAGGUUUCCAAGGAAGGCUGGGAAUAUUCCACAGUAUUCACCACUCGUUUCCAUGCCACAAAUCGUAAGAUGGACUUGGUCCGACGUCGUCGUUGGCAUCGUAAGAUGACGCAGAUGAUACCGAGUGCGCCAGCAGUGUUUCUUAUCACCAGCCAAGAAGGCAAAGACCAUGCUCCAAUGCUCAACGCUCCAAGAAUGUUCAUCACCUUUGAAAAACCCCACAAAUAUCAACUGCGUGCGUACGUCUAUCAAGCGCGAGAUAUGAUUCCUUCUGACUCUUCAGGCUUGUCAGAUCCGUACGUUCGCGUGUCUUUUGGUAACUCCAGCCAGGCCACUGAGAUCCUCAUGCAGACGCUGUGCCCGACCUGGGACCAGACGUUGAUAUUCGAGAACGUUCCGAUCUAUGGAAAUAUUGAAGGAGUGCAAGGCGACCCGCCACAUGUUGUGCUGGAGUUCUUUGACAGAGAUGCUGUGGGAAAAGACGAGUACAUUGGCCGUACUAUUGUGAAACCAACCGUAAAGCUUAAUGGAAGCCAACCUCCAUCGCCCCAACUCCUGUGGUACGACAUUACCAAAGGAGAUGAAGAUGCUGGAGAAAUGCUGGCAGCGUUCGAGUUGUUUCUGGAUGAAGGUGCUGAUCUUCCAUUCGCCCCUCCGCUAAGAAACGAGCUGUAUUUGGUACCAAGCGGUGUACGACCUGUUCUACAGAGAACGGCAAUCGAGGUUUUGUGUUGGGGAGUGCGUAAUAUGAAGAAAUACCAGCUGGCUACCGUAUCGUCUCCCAGUAUUGAGUUUGAAGUUGGCGGCCACAUAAUUGAAUCAACUGUUAUCAUGAAUACUGCCAAGAAUCCAAAUUUUGAUGAUCCUCUGUUCUUCUUUGACAUCUAUCUUCCAAGAGAAGAACUCUACAUGCCGCCGAUGAACAUCAAGGUUCGUGACAACCGCUCAUUUGGAAGAAAACCUGUCGUUGGCUUAUGCAGUUUGAAAUCCUUACAUCACCACAGACGAGAACCACGUGAUCAGAUCGACGCUCCUGAUUCUCAAGAGGGUCAUAUUCCUCCUAAGUCAGGAGCUCACGCGCUUGAGAUUAAAGAAGAAAAGAAACGAAAGAAACACGACUCGGAAGAAGAUUUAGAUUGGUGGUCUAAAUAUUAUGCCUCAACCGGAGAAUUAGCGAAGUCUGGUAACUACCUGGAGAAAGGAUACGACAAGAUCAAGAUAUAUCCAAGCGAGCUUGAAGAAUGCGAUGGAUUUGAAAGGUUUGAAGAUUUUGUUCAAACGUUCACCAUCCGUCGAGGAAAGAAUAGAACGAGGGAAGAGAGUGACGAACAUACUGUCGGAGAAUUUAAGGGUACAUUCAGAGUUUACCCUCUACCCAAUAAUCCGAAAGAUCCACUACCUCCGAAAUAUUUACAUCAUCUACCCCCAAGUUGCCCAGUGGAAUGUAUUGUUCGUGUUUAUGUCAUAAAGGGCAUCGAUCUCCAACCAAUGGACGCCAACGGUUUGGCCGAUCCAUAUUUGGUAGUGAAGUUGGGCAAACAAAAGAUAAAUGAUCGCGAAAAAUAUGUCCCCAAUUCCCUCAAUCCUCUUUUUGGAAGGAUGUUUGAGUUAACAGCCACUCUUCCAAUCCACAAAGAUCUUUGUGUCAGAGUUAUGGACUACGACCUCAUUUCCCAUGAUGACGUCAUUGGCGAAACAGUGAUUGAUUUAGAGAACAGAUUCCUGUCAAGUCAUAGGGGUACCUGUGGUUUACCUGAAACAUAUUGCUUAUCUGGUCCAAACCAAUGGCGUGACUGUCGUACUCCUAAAGAGUUGCUUGCUGAAUGGUGCGAAAAUCAGAGCCUUUGCAAGCCGCAUUACAUUGGCAAUACUCAAGUCAUUAUUGACCAACAGACUUACACCCUCAGCGCUUUUGAACGAGGUCUUGUCAUCCAUUCCCACAUGGGAGCGCCUGAUCAGAGAUUGGCACUUCACGUCCUGAAUUCGUUGAAUGUUUUUGUGCCGGAACAUGUCGAGACACGACGAUUGUACAAUCGUAUUCAACCCAAUAUUGAACAGGGUAAACUGCAACUGUUUGUGGACAUCUUUCCCAAACAUCUCGGAACUCCAGGACCGCCAUUUAAUAUUUCACCGCGAAAUCCAAGUAGCUACGAACUUCGCAUUAUUGUUUGGAACACAAGUGAUGUUAUUCUGGACGAAACCUCGAUCACUGGGGAGCAAAUGAGUGACAUCUAUGUGAAAUGCUGGGUAGCAGGUAUCAAUGAGAAGCAGCGAACUGACGUUCACUACAGAUCUCUGGAUGGCGAAGGAAAUUUCAACUGGAGAAUGGUGUUUCCAUUUGAUUACCUUGCUGCGGAGAAAAUCAUGGUUGUCAAGAAGAAGAGUCAUUUCUGGAGCCUGGAUUCAACUGAAGAACGAUUACCACCGACGCUGGUGGUUCAAGUUUGGGACAAUGAUUCAUUCUCGCCCGAUGACUUCUUAGGUGCGGCUGAGCUUAAUCUUGACCAUCUUACAAAACCUGCUAAGAAAGCGAGUAAAUGUGGUCUUCAUCAACUUCCUGAUUUGGAAGAUGCGAAGUUCCUGAGCAGUCAAAAGGAGGAGGUGUCGCUUUUUGAACAGAAAAGAAUGUACGGCUGGUGGCCAGUGGUUGGUGAAGAGGGUGACGAAAGAAUUUUGGCGGGUAAAGUUGAAAUGUCCCUGGAAUUAUUAACAGCAGAGGAAAGUGCAUUGAAGCCUGCUGGUCUAGGAAGAAACGACCCAAAUGCAAAUCCUGCCUUAGAGGAGCCACAUCGUCCUGCAACGUCAUUCCGGUGGUUCACGUCUCCUUGGAAAUCAAUGCGUUACAUCAUCUGGAGAAACUACAAAUGGUAUAUCAUUGGUUUCAUUCUGCUUGUCUUGAUACUUCUCGUAAUUGGAAUAUUUUUCUACUCGAUGCCGGGGUACAGCGUAAAGAAGAUUUUCAAAGUGUAAAAUUCGAUAAUGAACAAACGCAAAUUUCAUCUCGUGGACAACUUAUUCACAAUACUAAGUCCAGUAGAAAAAGAUAUCGUCCUUGUCUGACAAUAGUGAUAUUCACUAAAUAUUAUUUUGCUAGUAUUUUUGCACACAAUGACCGGGAUUCCAUGGGGUUCUCAAUAAACCAAUUCAUUGCAUAUGUAUAUUAUAUAUUAUUGGUUGUAAUUUAAAUUAUUAUAUAGAAUCAAAUUGAAUUAAAAUU